GUUGAUGUAGCUGCUUUCGAAUUUCUUGCCCCCGAACUGAAGAAAACAAAAGCAAACUUCGUUUGAGGAACAAAGUGUUUUCACCGGCAGUUAGACCAGUUAUAUAUACUGAAUUUCGACGUGAAAUUCAAUCAAAUGUCAAUUCCAAUGAUAUUUACAAUUUAUGUUAUCAAACCUGACAAACAGAACCGUCCACGGCGAAUAUUGUCUAUCCUUGCUUGACCUAAUACCUGCUGUUAGCUCGUUUGUGUAUUCAUAAAUAUAACUGACAACCAAAGUGCCAUAAAUUUCUAGUCUGCUACCUCUGGUUGCUCAAGCACACAAUAAUUCUCGGGCAAGAAGAAGAAAAAUCGAUAAAGUCUUUAUUAUAUCAUAGUUUCUGGCUGCAAUUAUUGUCACCAGUAAAAUAAACAGGUCAAUAUAUUGUCUCUUGGCACUUUUGGCCGUAAAAAAAUCAGUACCAGAUUACAUUUCCCCCAAAUCCAAGCCGCCAUUUUUUUUGGACUAAAUCCCCGUUUAUUUUAAAAUUAGAAUAUCUCUGAAUAGGUGUUUUGCCGAUGUUUGGCAUGGAAUUUAAAACACAAAGUUAUCCUGCUUUCAAUAGCUUUCUUUAAAAAUUACUUCACGAGGUAAAAGGGGUUUAAAGUCCAUAACUACCUGUCAUUUUCUAUCACAUACAAAGUUAAUUAGCGCCUAGCAAAGCGCAGUGAAUAUUAUAUAACCAGGCCAGCAACCGUGGGGUUCUAGAAUUACCAACGGCAACGGUACAAACCGAACGACGUAGCGACUGGGCCGGGUGUGUGUGUGUGUAGGGGGUGUAGAGCUGCUGUGAAACUCGGGGAAAAAUCAGGUAAAUUUUGAAAUUUGUAAAAUAAAAUAUCAAUGACUGAAAUAUCUGUCGGGCACGACUUCCUUUAGGGGCGCUGUUUAUAUGGUCUCAGGUACAAGGACCCUACCCCCCGAGACAACUUUACCGUGCGUUUAUAUGAUAAAUUUCAAAAAGGCAUAAGGCGGGGGGGGGGGGGAGGAAUACUCGAAAUACUUCGUUUUUUGUUCGUUCAUGUUGUUUUUAAUAAAAAGUUUCGAUUGAGCAUGCAUAGGUCUAAGACGUUGCCCCUGGAGCCCGAAGCAAAUCGACGCAAUCCGUUUACAUGGGCAAAAGUUGUCCCUCCUACUAGGGUAACCCUGUUUUGUAAACAGGAUGUCCCUACUGUCAGGGCGACCCUACCAGCCGAGACGAGUUGAAAACUUUUCAUAUAAACGCUUGCGUUUAAAUGUUAUAUAAUGAAUAUAAUUUUGCCUCUCCCAGCGUAGCUCGUGGGGUAGGGUGUCCUUAGUACCCGAGACCAUGGAAACAGCACCUUGGUCGCGCAAACCAAACUCACCCCCCCCCCCUUCAGUCGUAAUAUCCAAGUUACGACGAUGGGGGGGGGGCGAAUAGGCGUAUACAAAUCCGCCGAUCCGCCCGAAUUUGAAGCAAAAUCCGCGAUCCGACAAUGGUCUUGUCUACUAUGAAGUCACAAUCCGGGAUCCGAACUAAAUUGCAAGCUAAAACCACAAUCCGAGCCAAAAUAUGAGAUAAAUCCGCAAUCCGCUGUAUUAAUAAGAUAUAUAUUCGCCAGAUCCGAAAUCCGACCCAUUUUUUUGUGAAAUCCGACGAUCCGAAAACCUAUUCACAAGAAGAUGUUGGCAAGCAGACCAUACUCUGAGCAGAUGUACGCAGGCGUACCUAUUUUAAUCGUUCCGCCCUGAAUAAAUUACCGUAAUUAUGCAGCAAGCAAAAAUAGUCAAUAUCGUCAAUCCUGUAUGUUCUUCUGUUGACAAAAUCACAGUUUACAGACAAUUAAAUAAAAAUAUCUUGACAAACGAAAGGCAGAAAUAUCGCUCUCUUAAGAUCAAGCUGCUUCCAAUAUUUUCUUGAAAAUUAGCUGUAAAAGAAGUAUGGUAUAUUGCAGAUGCUCUGUUGCAGAUGUAAAUAAUGAAUGCAAAUUCUCGGAAAUGAGAUGCGUUUCCUUGGAAAAACCGACAAGACAUCUUCCGGUUUCUGUUUGAAUCGUUGCAAUUAUACUUUAAUAAAAUAUGAAUGUAUUUUAUGGGAGGAGACAUGCUUGCUUUGUUCUGAUUUUACUUUAUUAUAAAAUUUGAUGAUGCUGUUUGCAAAAGCACGGAAAUGCUUCAAAGUCUUUGCUGGUCUGAUAUUUGCUCUUUCAAAUUGGCAAUUAAUAGUCGCGAGCGAAGGUAUGUCCUUUAAUACACAAUUAUUUAUUUUACGAGUUACGCUCUCGGCCUCUCACUGCAUGCUGAAAUGAUAGUGCGUACAUUUCAAUAGACUUCAAGUGAGUGGUGUAGAAAUUUGCUUGUGAUGGGCUGAGUUUUUGGAUUGAAUCCAUUCAAAACACUUUAUAUGGUAUAGUACUGUAAUAGCGACUGGGAUCAAAUGAUCAUUGACUUCCUGAUCGACUACAUAACAACUUGCAAAUAAUUAACAAUUAUUCGCCGAAGGCGAGGUGAUUAUCGGUGAAUAAAAACCGAGACGAAGUCGAGGUUUUUAUUCACGAUAAUCACCGAGCCUGAGGUGAAUAAUUGUUUUAGUAUAAUUUCAUAGGUGAUUAUUUGGAAAAAAAUAAGAAAAUACACAUUUCUUCGUCAUUUAAUUGACAAAAAGGCUUCGGCCGCCAUUUUGAAAAUCGCUUAGGUGAUUAUCGCGUAAUAAUCACCUCAACGGCAACCAAUCAGCGUGGAGAAUUUUCAAUAAUCACCUAUGUAAUUAUACUAAUAUUAUUUAACCCAUUUAGCUGCAAUGCUCCCCAAUUAAUAAUGCAUCCUACUUUAUUAUUUUACAAUUUACACAAUGGGUAUUAAGAUAUUUUUGUUCAAUAACUUUUCACUCUGAAAAAACUAUAUUUGACCCAUUAAGUUGCAUUGCAUCCUAAUAUUCCCUACUUUAUUAUUUUACUUUGGCUAUAAUGCCAGAUUAAAGGACAGAGUGCGGGUACAAUGGGUUAAACCGUAUUGUCAAUAUAGUUCCGGUCGACGUAGGUAUAUGACAUUGCAUGGGCUUUUCUAAGUUUAACCCAUUCAGUUACAGUGUGCCCCAAUGUGCCCUAUUACUUUACUCUGUCGUACAGUUUUACUCAUCAAGGGGAGCAGCCGUUCCGCACGUUGUAACCAAUAACCUAUUGGCGUUGUAAUGCCAUUGUAUGCAAUAAAGUAUUUGGUUGUAAUGGGUCUACGAUUAAUCCAAACGUUAAUUCUAAUCCAAACCCUAAUCCUACCCCUAACCCCCACUCCCUAACCCCACACCCUAACCCUAAAGCCGGUGGCCCGCUACUCCUCUGGGAAAAGUCAGACAUGUAUCCAUUCAGUAGUUAGGCCGGAUUUAGGGGCCGAUUACAUGGAGCAUUUUCAACCCCGAGGUUGAACUCAGCCCUGUUAACCGGGUUGAAAUUUUUGCGAUUACAUGGACGAUUUCAACCCCCGGGGUUGAAACGUUAUACUAUAUGUUCUUGGCAUUGAUUUGCGGAAGUAAAAAAGCCUUUAUUUUGUUUUCUUGUAAUAAAUACCCACUACCACACAUGCUGGAGUAACUCAUGAUAAUUUCAGCCCUGGGUGGAAACGAUUACAUGACAAUAGUCUAGUCUAAGGUGAAGCAGGGUUGUAAUGUUUGUCAUGUAAUCGCGCAUUUAAUUUUGAUAGAAUUUUGUACCGGGACGCCGGAACGAUCAUAAGGCAAAGUGGGGCGGACGCACACCAAGGGCACCUCUAUAGAGCAAAACUUCAAAAUUUCAAUUUUGAGUGACCUCCCCCCCCCCAAAAAAAAUAAAUUUUUCCGGACAUACCAUAAGUCAAAUAUCAACUAUAAAUUGCCUGAAUCUCAGGAUUUUCCUACAAAAACCAUCGUUGGAAAUGUGAUUUAUCACAUUGUAUUUUACAACUAAAAGGGCACUUCUGCCCCCCCCUCCCCCCUAGCAAAAGGCAAGGGGGCAGUCGCCGCCUCUGCCCCCCCAGUUCCAGCGUCCCUGGUUUUGUAUUACAGACAGGGCUGAAAUUUCAACCCGGCCGGUAAACUGAGGGCUUAGUUCAACCCCGGGGUUGAAAAUGCUCCAUGUAAUUAGCCCCUUAGUGUAAUUAAUAAAACUAGUCUCCUUCUAUACAUGAUAUGCUGUUUAAUAUAUGUUGCCAAAUUAGAUUCAAAAGCAGAAUGAGAUACUAAUGGUAUCAUAUAUAGCAUAAAUAUUAGAAACUAGUCAUAUAUAUAAUUAGCAGUGGAUGAUAAAUACCAAUUAUUGAACUUUUUUAGAGCUGCCUCGGCCAAUUGAAAGACAUUUAUUUUCAUGAUGCCCCCACCUUUGAAUGGUGAACUUUUUUGUAUUGUUUUAUAUUUAACAUUACAAUUAAAUUUUAGUUAUAGGAAUAAGUUUUAAAGGUCUUGAUCCAUAUAAUUAUAUAAGACAAUGCUAAUACUAUUUAAGAUGUAUUUGAGUUGAACGUUAUUAACUGUUUUAUAUUAUUCUAUUUAUAUAAAAUAUAACAUUAAUUAUAUAUUGUAACGUUUAUUUUAUAAUGUUUUCAACAUUAAAAAAUUGGGGUUGCCUCUUGUCAUAUAUUUUUCAGUUUCAGAGGCUGCCUUCCAAUUGAAGCCAUCCUCCUUUUCUCACCCACCGCCUCCCCUCCCAUUAUUACUGACCGGUCCCUAAUGUGUAUGUAAUGUUGUUGAAGAUUUGCUGAACAUUUGUAUAGUUAUUGCUUUAAUUCAGUAUUCUUCUAUUGGAUUCAAAUUGACUAUUUCAAACAGGAAAGUAACAUAAAAUUUAUUGACAUAUUUUAAUGCUUUAAAUUUACUUUAUUGUUUUUAAUUCUUUCUCAUUAUAACCAUGAUAGCUACCUUUAAUUGGCAAAUAUAGCAGGUUUCCAGAUGAGAAAUUUGAUCAUGAAUUAUAGACAAGAACUGUCAUGCCCGGUCAUUUCCCUCAGAUUAAUUCCCUAAUACUAUUAACCCUGAACACAAUUUGGGUGCAUGUGAGCCCUGGUGGACAACUUGAGUAGGAUACUGGUUUUUAUAGCCAGAAGGGUAUCCAGGUUUUGUGGGACGCCCUACAAUUAACAAAAAAUACACACCUUUUGGGGCGGAAUUAGGAAAAUAUAUUCUCAACGAUUUUCCCCAAAAUUCUCGAAUCGGCUUUUAAGUACACUAUGUAGAUGCUGACAAGUACUGUAAAAUGUAAUACGUACUGCCUAAGUCUAAGAGCCCAAAAUUCUUAGGUUUUCCAGAGAGGGCGCCCAAAUUUUGGGCAGAAGAAAAAUAUAUUCUCAACGAUUUCCCCCAAAAUUCUCAAAUCAGCUUUUAAGUACGCUAUGUAGAUGCUGGCAAGUUAACAGUGUAAAAUGUAAUACGUAAUGCAUAAGUUUAAGAGCCCAAAGGUUUUCCAGAGGGGGCAUGCCCCCCAGAAGAUUUUGAAGAUUACAAUUAAGCUCGGAGGAAAUUUCAUGCAUUUCCAGCUAUUUCCCACAAUAAUAUUAUUUUGUUUAACAUGUGUAUUAAUUGCCUGUCAAUGAUAUAUAUUUCUGUAAAGUGUCGAAGCACGAUACGCCCAAAACAUUUUCAAAAGUCAAAACUAACAUGUUUCACCUUUCCAAAUUACUAAUAAAUUUUGGUUAAGCCAUUAUAGCAAUGUCACAUGGAAAAGAAAUACAUUAAUUUCCAGUGCCAGCAAAAUGUCUGCCAGCACCAGCAGCGCAGCUGUCAGGAAAUGUUUGACAAAAUAUCUUUGCAGCCAUUGCAGGAAAUUAUCUUAUAUUAUGCAGGAAUUUUUUGUCAUCUUAUACACUAGUUGACUCAAUGCCGUAUAAUUUACUAAUUGUUUACAAAAGCGUUUUCCAGGUCGCAAUUGUCUUGUGCUGUGACUGAAGUUUAUCAGAAUGUGUGGUAUCAUAGAUUCUCUGAAAUCUACCCAUGCAGUAGGAAGUUUUAUAUUUGACUUUCCCAGGAAAUUUUUAUUUUUGGAUUUUGCUGCCAGAAAGAGGAAUAAAUUAUCUACAGUAGGUCUGUAUAUUUCAACUUUGCAUGCAACUCUAGUAUAGCCAGCUGAGCAUGCAACUGUAUUGUACCAAUUUCCCAAACUAAGUAACUGGUCAUUAAUAAUGGGGCAGUGGGCGAGAAGAGGGGGUGGCUGAAACUAUUUUUGCCUGAAUUGGGGACUGGCCUCAAACUGAAAAAUAUGUAACAAGGGGUGAUCCCAAUUUUUUAAUGUUGAAAACACAUUAUAAAACAAAAAAGUUACUAUUUAAUAAUUAUGUUAUAUUUUAUAUAGUAGAUAUCAAUAUGAAACAGUUCGAUUCAAGUACAUCUUAAAUAGUAUUAUGGAAGAACUUUAAACUUUCUUAUUCUUAACUAAAAUAAUUUUAAUGUUAAAUAUAAAACAAUGCAAAAAAGUUCACCAUUCAAAGGACACCUUUUGGUGUAAUUUUAUAGUAACUGAUUUAUUAAAAAUAGAACCUUUCAGUAACAAAUUAAAUGUUGGAGGGGGGGAUCCUAAGUUUUCUAGAUGAAGGUGGGGGCGUCUUGACAAUAAAGGUCUUUCGAUUGGGGCGGCUCUAAAAAGUUUAAUAUUUGAUAUUUAUCACCCUAAAUUUAUGGGGCCUGAAGACUCAAGCCCCCCCUUCCCCGCCCCCCAGCUUUCGCCGUUACCACCUGAGGUACAUCAUGUGGCGAUUAGUGAUAUGGACAUUUGUGCAAUAAAUUAUAAAACACACACAAACUUAUUUUGGAGCUAUUUUAAAAACGCAUACAAAUUUAAGUUCUGUUUUUAUGCAAAUUAAAAUACAUUAACAUUCAUUCUAGCAAACGAUACAACAAACACAGGCUACAAAGCAUUUUCUAAUGAGCUAGUAAUUUAUACAGUAGGAGGCUACAUCUAUAAAUUUAAGUCAGUCGUUUGUAAAGUUUCGUCAAUAGCUCCAUUCCGGGCAGAUCCAUUACUUGGUUGUACGCCCUGCAGCGGUGUGCCUAUCUGCGGCCGCCUGUGCUCUGGCAGGAAAUGAACCUUU